UUGAAGAGAAGAAAAAUGCGCUUGGAUCACAAAGGAUGCCUCGAAGCGAGCACGACGCUGGAGCUAUGUCGCGAUCUGGCGCGAUGUGUUCUUGCCUCAUCGGGCCUGGAAUCUCGCCAGUGCGUAUUCUCGCAACGGUGAUCUGGAAGGCGCCAAGGCGGUGUUUGAUGCGAUGCCCGGUGGGAUCUUGUGCCCUGGACGACGAUGCUCGGCGCCUAUUCCCAGAUCGUGGACGCUGGUAGCGCCAGGGCGAUCUUCGAUCAGAUGGAAGAGCUCGGUCUCUUUUCUUGGAACUCGAUGCUAGCGGCGUAUUUCGAGGGCGGUAAUCUUGCAGACGCGAAGCUCCUGUUCAAGAAUGGAGCAUCGUUUCUUGGACGAUCAUGCUCAGUGUCUACUCCCAGCACGGAACUUGCAGACGCGAUGCUGGUGAGAUUAUCACUUGGCCGGGAGGGGCUCUUGCAAGAAGCCGAGAAUCUCUUCCAGGGAAUGAAGCAAAGAGGACUGGGAUCUUCCUUUUGCGAGGACGAUUUGUCGAUGGUGGAGGAAAGGUUUUGGAUUAAAAAGUUCCGGACAGCGCAGGAACUAAUAUGGUAAGCUCAUUGGAUUUAAAAACGUCUAGCUAGCCAAGCAAGCGCGUCAAAAGUUUCAAGGUUUCCAAGAGCUGGCAAUCAGGUUAUGAUAAGCUCGGGCAAAGAAGUCAAGGAAUUAAAAAGUUCAGCAUGGUUUCCAAGGCAGAAACGUUUGAUCCGAGGUCCAAGCAACGAGCACGGUUUUCUUCACUUUCGUGGACUAUGGAAGAACGUAAAAAUAAGUUUCCAGCAACUUGAUCAUCCCGAAGAUCCAAAA